AUGAAUUCUAACAAGGAAUUUUCGAAUAACUUGGGAGCUUAUAUCUCUAAAGCUAAGAAGGAUAUUUUGCAAACCAUUAAUAAAAAAAAUUCUAUGGGUGGUGUCGCGAGGAUUGAUUGUCGUAAUUUAAAGUCUCAGCUCUUCGAUGUGUCGGAAAAUGUGGCUUGCGAUUAUAAACACAUGAGCUCAUACACUUAUGACAAGCUAGACAGUGAAAUAUCCGCUGGAAAAAACAAUAACUAUACACAGUCGGUUACAUAUUUCGGCGGCUUAUCGGGGACGUUAAGUUGUGAAGAAUGUUACUGCUUUACGUCAGUGAUACAUUCUCGAAUGCGCAUUUACCUUGGUUUCUGGCUACGUUUAGCUACAGAUUAUAAAUCUGCACGUAUUUUGCGUGACCAUAAUCUUCUCAAAUCAUCUUUACUUUUCUGGAAAUACGAAUUCGACUUUCGAAUCUCGCUAAAAUUUGCAAACAAAAAAGCUACAGAUCAUCAUAACAUUAAUAUAAAGUCGCGCUCACUUUUUAUUUGGGUAUCUUACCUACAAAAAAGACGGAGAAGAAACAAGUCAAAAAGUAUGGCAAAUGCUAAUUAUCGUCGUCAGGCAUUGCAAAGCCACAUGACAAGUUGGAAAACUAAGUAUUUUCUAACUGGAAAAUCUGCUGUUGAAAAAUCCCUUUUUGCUGCGGCAAGAGCUCACGAUCGUCGGCAUAUUUUGCGUAAAGCUUUAUUUGUUUGGAUGUUAAAACAUCAGUUUUGGCAACAAAAAAGAAUAUUACGUAGAACCGCACUAAAGUUUCUUCAAAAUAAAUUGAACAAAGCUAUCAUGGUGUCAGUAAUUCAAGAAUGGUAUCACCAAAUUUUAGAUAUUCAAAUUUCAAAUAAACAUAAUAGGUAUAGAAUUUUGAAGACGUUCCUUAAAAUGUGGUCAUAUCGAAGCAAAGUAUCAAUUAUAGAACGUCAAAUGUAUUUUUCUGCUUGUAAUUUACAUUCUAUUUUAGUACGUCGUCGAUGCUUUUUGUUAUGGAGAAAUUAUGCACUAUAUAAGAGAAAAAAAUACAAACAAAUAAAAUUUGUUAUUCGAUUUUAUAAAAUAAAUCAAAUUAAAAAGUACUUUGUUGCUUGGAUGAAUCAUCAUUUUGUGGCUCUUGAUCAUCGCAGUAGUGUUCAAUCCAUGAAUAUGAAACAUAAUACAUCAUUAAUCAAACAGUGUCUACUGAAAUGGAAAGAUUAUUGUACUAUCAAGCAAUUAUUAUUGUCAAAAUUAUCUCAUUUUAAAAAGUAUCAGAAAAAUAAACUACUCAAGGAAUAUUUUCAAUAUUGGUUGAGUCAUCUUCUCUUUAAACAGUCACAAGAAUUAACAAUCCGGAGUUUUCGAAAACAUAAAUUUAUGGAAAGCAUAAAAAGGAUGUUUCUUGCAUGGCUACAAUGGACGUCUAGUCGUCGAGAAUAUGUUUUGGAAAUGCAGCUUACUUUUAAAAUAAGUUUAGAGAAUAUGCGAAUUGUUACUAUACGAAUUUGGUGGACACGUUGGAGAUCUGUGUAUAACUAUUGUUCAAACGUUAAACUUGCAUGCAGACUUUAUGAUAAACAUAUACUUGUUCAGUGUAUCAAUUGCUGGUCUGCUUUUAUUACUAUCGAGAAACAUAAAAUCAAAUUAAUUAAAACAGCUAACGACUUUCGAAUUCGAACAAUUCAGAAGCACUUCUUAAGCCAAUGGCACUUAAAACUAAUUGAAAACAGUAGAUUUAAAGCUUUGAAAUCCAUAGCUCUUGUGCGAUGGUCUUUAUGCUUACAAGCAAAAGUGUGGAAGGCUUGGCAUUUAUGGAUUGGAAAACAAAAACAUAAAAGAAAUAGACGAAAAACCGCUACCCAACGGUAUUAUGAACACAAAACUGUCGACUCUCUAAGACUAUGGAUUACUGUGGCUUUGAAUAAACGUCAUGAAAGGCAUAUGAAGUACUGUUCAAAAUUUUGGAACAAUGACUUUCGUGUUUUUAAAUUAGUAAUUAAUACAGCAACACGUUGGUACUGGUGGACGUUUUCUAGAGGAAUUAGUCAAAAUUUAAGUGAACUUAAUGUGAAUAGUAUUUGGGCUGAUAUUUCUGAAUUGACUAAUGAAAAUCGCAUAUCCAGACUUUCAGAAUGUGGCAAUAAUUUCAGAACAAUACGAAAUCAAGAACUAACACCUGCACGUUAUCCCGAUUUCAUUCUCCCUGAACUAAAUUCACUUGGGCUUACCAAUGCUGUAGAAUUCGAACAAGCAUUAGCUCACGUACCUCCACUAAAUGAAACUUUUCACCAUGAGACAUCCAAUCGUCCAGAUAUUCAUUCCUGUGGUUAUUCAUUUCCCAACACACCAGAUGUUCAUGAAAUUAAUUUAUAUAUAAACUCUUUGGUGGAGCGGGUAUCUUACUACAGAAUGAUAAAGUCUAAAUAUAAACUGAUUUAUCAACGCCUUUAUUUAGAGGGUCAGAUGGAGAAUAAAGCUAAUUAUAAUAAAGAGGUGAGUUGA